ACCAAUCAGAAACAUAGAUACGAUAUUUGUUCCAACAUGGAAGACAGCGAAGAUAGUGGUGAAUUUGAAGAUUUGGAAAUUGAUGAACAUCAUGUUAUUAAGAUCCAGGCAUGGAUCAGAGGAGAUAUGGUCAGAAAAUGGUUUAAUGAAAUACGAUCAGAGUAUGAAAAGCUAGUUUCUGAUAUUGAAAAAAGUAAAUCAGUCAUUGUGGAAUGGCCAAAUGCAGCACUGGGCAUGCCAAGAGUCAGGAAACACAAGCUAAAGAGAAAUGUUCAAGAAGUUCCUCCUAAUGUUUCAGCACGUAACUCACCAAAUAUUGAAUUUCUGAGAAGCUCUGUAAAAUAUUCCGAAGUUCAUGCCAAGUCAAAAGACACAACAGAAGUUUAUCAUAUUAAUUCUACAAGAAGUUGGAACUCAAGUGAUUUCUCUGAAACUUCCUAUAAACCUGUUGUUCAGAGUUUGAAGCAUACAGAAUCCCAGGGAAAUUCAGGUGUUAUUUCUAAUUUCACACAUCAAUCAUUAACAAAUAAAAUCAACAGUUGCACCAUUGAAACACAGACUAGUAUGGACGAAGAAACCCUAUCAGUGGUAGAAAGACACCAAAAUAACAAUCCAAGGGAGACAAUUGGACAACCAACAAGGGAGACAACUGGACAACAAAAUCCAGUUAGAACAUUUGAUAUGUUGAUUCAGACUGAUGAUCUACCAUUUUACAAGGAAGAAAAAAAUAUAGACCUACAGACUGAAAAGAUGUGCACACAGGUACACACUACGAAUAGACAAAUACUGGAACAAAAGAUUAACAAGUUUGAAAACCAACUACGGACACUGAACGAUGUAUCAUUGAAAGACUCAGUACAAGAUUCAAGUAAGACAUCUGCUCAAAAUAACAAAACUCCUUCACAGUUGGGUCAGAAAGUAGGUCCUAUUUCUGCGCUACAGUUUGGAGGUUCUCCUAAACAGGAGACAGUUCAAUUAUCAUCUGUAACGGAAUCUCAAAGAGGAAGACGGCCAAGCUAUCACCAGGAAUCCUCAGUAUUGACUAAUGUGACUUCAGUAUGGGAUAGCUUUAGUUCUGAUUGUAAAGAGAAUACACCUUCUAUUGCAUACCCCAAUGAUCCUGAAGCCUUGAGAGGAAUGAGGAAAAAUGUUGCUAUGGAGUUACUAUGGGUACAGCAGGCUAUUGAUAGCAGGAAAAAUUAUCUAAAGUUAAAGAAUCAGAUGAGAGUUGCCACUUGACAUCAUGUUGUUGAUGACAAAAAUGGGAGAUAAUACAUGUAAUAUCUUCUUGAUAGGGGAGAUAAAAAAUAUAUUCCAGCUAGGAAGGGGAGAUAAAAAAAAGUAUACCCAACUAGAAAGGAAGGAAUAUGAUACUAGAGAUUAGUUGACAUGGACCAAAAAUAAGAUAUUUGUAGACAGUGCCAUUUAUAAGAAAUAAAACUUUUAUUGAUUUCUGUA